AUGUCAUUGAGAUACUGUGCCAAAAGUUUGAGCAACAAGGGAUCUUUUGCGCUGGGAUCUGGCGCAACAAGACUACUAAGCUCUAGCUCAAAAGCUUGCAACAAAGCAGAAGGUGAAGCUGAAGUUGAAGUGGAAUCUAGUAAUAGUAGUAGUAGCAGUGUUCGUCAAAGUGAGUUCAAUGGGAGUAUAUCCAAGUUGUUAGAACAGGCUAUGAGAACUCCUGUAGAGGAUAUGAGUGUUUUGGAGUCGAAGUUUCGGAGUCCAUUGACAGAGAAAGAACAGCAAUUGGAUGAGAGAUUGACGGAGUUCUUGAGGAAAUACGCUAAGCAAAACAAGGUUUUGGAUUUGCCAGAGGAUAGCAACAAAUUUGACUUUAGUUCGAAGGUUGUUUCGCAGCCACUGCAUACGAGAGAGUUCCCAUAUUUGUCACAAUCGGGCAAAGACGAGCCAUAUUCCGAGCAAGAGCUGUAUGUGCGUCAAUUGAAGCAUGCAUCGCACACGGGGAAGUUGGGAGCCGAUAUCUCGAAUGUUUACUUCCCACAUAAGGAUAUUUUCAACCCGCCAUCUUUGCAACAGGUGUCGAUCGAGAAGCUCAUGGCUGCCGGUGUGCAUUUGGGACAGUCUACUGCUCUAUAUAGGGCAUCGACACAGCCUUACAUCUACGGUGAAUAUAAGGGCAUUCAUAUCAUCGAUCUGAAUCAGACACUUUCACAUUUGAAGAGAGCUGCCAAGGUGGUGGAAGGUGUGGCCGAAAACGGUGGUUUGAUCUUGUUUUUGGGUACUAGAGAGGGCCAAAAGAGAGCGCUUGUCAAGGCUGCAGAAAGAGUCAAGGGUUACUACGUUGCCUCCAAGUGGGUGCCAGGUACUUUGACCAACCCUACAGAAAUUUCGAGCAACUGGGAAAGACACGAGGUGGAUUACCUUGGAAACCCAACUGGUAGAGAGUUGACGCUCAAUGAGUCUACAAGCAUCAUAAAACCCGAUUUGAUGAUUGUAUUAAAUCCUACCGAGAACAGAAACGCCCUUAAGGAAGCCAUGAAGGCCAGAGUUCCAACCAUCGGUAUUAUAGACACAGAUUCAGAACCAUCGCUAGUGACGUACCCAAUUCCAGGUAACGACGAUUCGCUACGUUCCGUCAAUUUGUUGACAGGUAUUCUAGCCAAGGCUGGUGAAAGAGGUGUCCAAACGCGUUUGAACCUUGCAUCUGCUGCUUGA